UCUAUUGAAGACUUGAACAAAUGGGCCCUGUUUAUUGUCUCUCCCUUCAUACUUGAGGCAGAACAUAUAGCAUUUGUGACAGAGAGCAUUUGGGCACAAGGUGAUAGUUUCCAGAAGCCAUCGUCUUCAGAAACAGUUGUAAGAUGGUCGGACUGUUGUUUGCCAGUAGCUUGCCGACCCGGAGAUCCCUACCAGUUGAUUGCUAGAGCGAGCGUGGACGACUUCAGCAAGCUUGGGGCGGCGUUCAUGGAGGAGAGGCUGCAGAUGGAUAAUGGCCUGGUCGCCCAGAAGAUUGUUUCAGUUCACUUAAAGGACCCCGCUCCGAAGGAAGCCAACGGGGCCUCCACCAAGCAAGUCCAAGCCCCACCCCUGAGCCCAGAACCUUCCCCUGAGACCGAGCCUGGGCAGGGAGUCAUGGAGCAUUCUGGCCAAGGUGACUGGAAGAGGGCUGAUGAAGGCUCUUCCCUCCUGAGGCGAGGCUGUGCUUCAGGAAGUGUGCCGGCUGCAGACGGCGAUCCCGGGCAUCAGCUUCACCUGUCUAGUUGCCACGAGUGUCUGGAACUUGAGAACAGCACCAUCGAGUCAGUGAGGUUUGCAUCGGCAGAGAACAUUCCAGACAUUCCCUGUGAUCACAGCAGCCCCGUGGACGGUGCUGCCGAGGAACUCCACCCUAAACAGGAACAGAGGAGAGGCAACAUUUCGGGAAAGGCGCCCAACAUCUUGCUGUAUGUGGGCUCCAGUUCUGAGGAAGCCAUGGGCCGGCUCCAGCAGGUGCUGUCUGUCUUGACUGACUGUGUGGACACUGACAGCUAUGCUCUCUACCAUCUGCCAGAAGACAGUGCUCUCAGGGACCCCUGGCCCGACAACUGCCUGCUAUUGGUAAUUGCCACCAGGGAACCUAUCCCCAAAGACAUACACCAGAAGUUCAUGGCCUAUCUUUCUCAGGGAGGGAAGGUGCUGGGCCUGUCUUCCUCCUUCACCUUUGGUGGCUUUCAGGUGACAAGCAGGGACAUGCUACGGAACACAGCCCAGAACCUGGUUUUCUCAAAGGCUGAUGGGAGUGAGGUACGGCUUAAUGUCCUGAGCAGCGGCUGUGUUUAUGAGGAAGGCCCCGGCCCUGGCAAACUCCAGGGCCAUCUAGAGAAUCCAGACAAGGACAAGAUGAUUGUACAUGCACCUUUUGGAAGCCGUGGAGGAGAGGCCGUUCUCUGCCAGGUCCACCUAGAACUCCCCCCAAGUGCUUCUGUGGUGCAAACCCAGGAAGACUUUAACGUACUUAAGUCCAGCAACUUGAGAAGGCACGAAGUCCUUAAGGAGAUCCUGAUGACCCUUGGCCUAAGCUGUGAUGUUCGACAAGUUCCUGCCUUAACACCGCUGUACUUGCUGCUGGCCACCGAGGAAAUCCAGGAUCCGUUUAUGCAGUGGCUUGGGAGGCAUGUGGACCCUGAAGGAGUCAUAAAAUCCAGCAAGCUCACCCUCAAGUUCAUUUCCUCUUACACAUCUGAAGUGGAGGUCACCCCGUCUUUUAUUCCUGUGGUUACCGAUCCUGACGCCUUCUCAUCAGAGCACUUUAACUUAGAGACGUAUCGGCGAAAUCUGCAGACCUCGAGGCUCGGAAAAGUAAUUCUGUUUGCAGAAGUGACCCCCACGACCAUGAGCCUCUUGGAUGGGUUGAUGUUUGAGAUGCCACAGGAAAUGGGCUUAAUCGCCAUUGCUGUUCGACAGACCCAGGGCAAAGGAAGGGGCCCGAAUGCCUGGCUGAGCCCUGUGGGGUGUGCCCUUUUCACUCUGCUGGUCUGCAUUCCCCUGAGGUCACAGCUGGGACAGAGGAUUCCGUUCGUGCAGCAUCUGAUGUCCCUGGCCGUCGUGGAGGCGGUGCGGUCCAUCCCGGAGUACGAGGAGAUCAACUUGCGAGUGAAAUGGCCCAACGAUAUUUAUUACGGUGACCUAAUGAAGAUUGGUGGCGUUCUGGUUAAUUCCACCCUCAUGGGAGAGACGUUCUACAUCCUUAUUGGCUGUGGAUUUAAUGUGACUAACAGUAACCCUACCAUAUGCAUCAAUGACCUCAUCGCAGAACACAAUAAGCAACACAAGGCAGGCCUGAAGCCCUUACGAGCCGAUUACCUCAUAGCCAGGGCAGUAACUGUGCUGGAGAAACUCAUCGGCACGUUUCAGGACCGAGGGCCCAAUGGUGUCCUUCCUCUCUACUACAAAUACUGGGUGCACAGCGGUCAGCAAGUCCGCCUGGGCAGCCCUGAGGGGCCGCAGGUGUCUAUCGUGGGCCUAGACGACGCGGGGUUCCUGCAGGUGCAUCACAUGGGUGGUGAGGUGGUGACGGUGCACCCUGAUGGCAACUCCUUUGACAUGCUGAGAAACCUCAUCCUGCCCAAGCGACAGU